AUGCUUCCUCUCGCCGUGUCGGCUCCUUCGGGUCUGGAUGAAAUUGUACCCGGUCCAACGAUAGAAAAGAUUGUCAACCUGUUCUUUGAUCAUAUCUAUCCCCUCACACCAUGUAUCCACCGCCCCACCUUUAUCAUCGACCUGGCCGAACGGAGAGACCGAUCGGAUCCCGUCUUCUUUGCGCUCGCCCUCAAUGUACUUGCCGCGACGUUGGUGCAAAUCCCGAGAGUUUUGAUGGGCUUGGACAAGGAUAAAGUUGAACAACUUGCAAAGCUGUGUCUCCGCGUGAGCCGAGCAAAGAUGGCUGGGUUAUGGGAAGAACCUACUUCGGUCGAGCUCAACUUUAUUGUGAUAAGCUAUCUGGAGAGCAUCGUGCAUCUAUUUCUGGGGAACGAUACAGCCCAUGUCACGACGAUAGCACAGGCCAAUCAACUCGCGUUGGCGCUUCGUAUGAAUGACGAGAGCAGCUACAAAGACCUAAAUCCCGUUGAGGGAGAGAUGCGGAGAAGAAUGUUCUGGCUUUUGUUCCAAACCGACAAGAGCACGGCAUGUUUGCUGUCGCGACCCAUAUAUUUGAGGCUUGAUGAUGUUGCCGAUUUGCAGCUUCCUCUGGAAAUUGAUGACGAGUAUAUUACAUACAACAGAGUCUCGCCCCAGCCUUGUGAACAGGUUUCUCUUAUCACUGGUUUCAACGUCAUGACCAACCUCAACCGGAUACUGAACGACGUCUUGUUUAUGCAAAGAAGAAAGACGACUCGGACGGUUGAUGAGAUCAUCUUUGAUCUGCAGCGCGUCGACAUGUUUCGCGCAGAGGUCACGAGGAUCUAUUUUGACAUGCCCGACAAGUACAAAUUGAGGACAGCCUACGAUUCGAGGACAGCACAACCUGCCAACGACUGGGAGAGCAAGCUAUACAGCAAGUUCGUCGAGUUUUUAAACACUGGCGGUGACAGUGCCUAUACUCUCAACAGUCUGCUUGGCUUGCAGGGCAACAUUCUCGUCAGCCGUCAAUCUCUUCGACUCUUACUCCUCCAGACUCGCCAAUCGCUACUGCGCCAACUCGCCAUAUUCACCCCCAUGAUCCCACAGAGUAUGGGCUACGAAGACACGGCUGAAGAUAUUGCAAGAGAGCUGCUGGAUGGCUUGAACAGUUUACCAGUGGAAUGUGUUGCCACUAAUGGUCCUCUUUUGGUUCAAAAAGUGAGAUUCGUUGCCGUGCAUUUGAUGGACUCUCCUAAUGCUGGGCCAGGCAAUGAAGACAACCAAGCUCAAACGCUAUUGAUGCAGUUCUUGUCUGUCCUCAGCGUCAUCGAGGGAAUGUAUUCCUUCGGCAAGGAGCUCACGAUGCAGUGA